AUGCAGGGUUCGGAAGAAUUGAAUUCAUGGCGAGAGGAGUUGGCGAGCCUAGUCGAAGACACUGGGAUACCAUUCACUGGCGAUGGAAUCGGAAUUUUAACUCCCGAAUCGACAACGACGGAGCCACCGUUGUUCGAAUCGGUGGAAACCGAAGCGACGUCGUCUGUGGAAUCGGAGAGCUUCCAGGAUCAAAUUAAGGGGUUUGCUAAGGCGUGGGCCGAAUUGAUGACAGAAUUGGGGAGAGGGUGUAACGAUGUGGUGCAACAGACACUUUUAACUGAGGACUCUUACAUUGUAAAGAAAACUAGAGGACCGCUAAACCAGGUUUCGGAGAAAUUGAGGUUUCUCAAUGAGUUCUUGCCUGAAGAUCGUAAUCCCGUGCACGCGUGGUCGGUGAUUUUCUUCGUUUUCAUCCUAGCUCUUGCUGCUCUGUCUGAAAAUAGAUACUAUAGUAAUCUUCAAACCGUGAAGAAAGUGUACAUACAUCCUCCGAGUGCUGUCCGAGUGCUGCUUCCGGAUGGUAGAUACAUGGCAUAUCGUGAGGUAGGAGUUCCAGCUGACAAAGCUAGAUUUUCGUUAGUCACCCCACACGGUUUCCUUUCUUCUCGGCUUGCAGGUAUACCGGGUGUCAAAGUGUCCUUGUUGGAAGAAUAUGGUAUUCGAUUAAUCACUUAUGAUCUUCCCGGUUUUGGAGAGAGCGAUCCUCAUCCUAACAGAAGCCUCAGUUCAUCAGCUCUGGAUAUGUCAUACUUAGCAGAAGCUGUAGGGGUAAAGGGAAAAUUCUGGGUUCUGGGAUAUUCGAGUGGCUCUAUGCAUGCAUGGGCUGCACUAAAAUAUAUUCCAAAUCGAGUUGUAGGUGCAGCCAUGUUUGCGCCAUGGAUCAAUCCAUAUGAAUCAAGCAUGACUAAAGAAGAGAGGUCUGGAACUUGGAAAAACUGGACGCGAAAAAGAAAAUUCUUGUACUAUCUUGCUCGAAGAUUUCCUAAAUUUCUUGGUUCCCUUUACCGUCGAACCUUUCUCUCUGGAAAGCAUGGACAAAUAAAUAAAUGGUUAUCUUUGUCACUAGGGAAAAAGGAUAUAACUCUGGUUAAAACAUCAGAUUUUGAAGAAUUCUGGCACAGGGAUGUUGAAGAGUCGAUUCGUCAAGGUAAAACAAAACCAUUUAUUGAGGAAGCCGUACUUCAAGUGUCCAAUUGGGGUUUCAACCUCAUGGAUCUCCAAGUUCAGAGGAAAUGUCAAAGGAAAGGCAUUUUUCCAUGGCUGCCGUUCAUGUAUGGUGAGGCAGAAUGUCACUUGACUGGGUUUCUUGGCCCUAUUCACAUAUGGCAGGGAAUGGAUGAUAUGGUGGUUCCUCCCUCGAUGACUGAUUAUAUUGCUCGAGUUCUGCCCAAUACUGUCAUCCAUAGACUUCCAGAAGAGGGUCAUUUCUCAUAUUUCUUUCUGUGCAAUGAAUGUCACAAACAAAUAUUCUCUACCCUUUUUGGUAACCCACAAGGUCCACUCGAUACUGUAGAUGUAGCUCCCAUAAAAGAGAAUGGAGAAGAUGAAUCGACUAAAGCAGAUUCUGCCAUUGGGAUUUGA